AUUUCACACUGCCUUCCGUUAUCGAUAGCAGCCUAUCGAUUCUAAGUGAUGUUAAUUAAUCACUUUUACUGUUUACUUUUUUAAUUAAAACUGCGUUAAUUUAAUUAACGACAACGGCAGCUUUUAGAACAUUGUGACCCAAAACAAAGCAGCGCCAAUUGUUGCGAGGAAAAAAGGAAACCACCCACGGAAAACCGCCAGGAAGUUGCCAAGCAAACCCCCAAAAAACAGUUCACCAUUUGGCAAAGCCAACAACAAAAAUUGCGUGUAUGUGUGGAGUGCAAAGUUAAAUGUGAAUAAUUUACCGUUCGGCCUUCGCCUUCCCUCAAAGAAACAACAACAAAGCCUCACGUUCACUUACACCCACACGGUCGCACAGACCUCCAGCGUACGCACCUCGCAUUCGCACGCAUACACACAGCCAAACCGAUAACCUGUGUGUGUGAGGCAUUCGCCGUCAUCGCCAGAAAUCAAAUCACAAAUCAGGAAAAAUAACAAUACAAGACGGCAGCUGCAGCAUAAUUAAAAAUAUGGGACUGCUAUUAUCGCGGCUCUGGCGGAUGUUUGGGAACGAGGAGCACAAGCUGGUGAUGGUGGGAUUGGACAACGCGGGCAAGACAACCAUCCUGUACCAGUUUUUAAUGAACGAAGUGGUCCACACCAGUCCCACGAUCGGCUCCAAUGUUGAGGAGGUCGUCUGGCGAAAUAUUCACUUCCUCGUUUGGGAUCUUGGAGGUCAGCAAAGCCUUCGUGCCGCUUGGAGCACUUACUACACGAACACGGAGCUGGUGAUCAUGGUCAUCGACUCGACGGAUCGGGAAAGACUGGCUGUCACUCGGGAAGAGCUCUACCGGAUGCUGCAGCACGAGGAUCUGAGCAAGGCCAGUCUGCUAGUCUACGCCAACAAGCAGGACCUCAAGGGCUCAAUGUCGGCGGCGGAAAUAUCCCGACAACUUGACCUCACCUCCAUUAAGAAGCACCAGUGGCACAUCCAGGCCUGCUGUGCGCUUACCGGCGAAGGCCUGUAUCAAGGACUGGAGUGGAUCGUGCAGCGCAUCAAGAACAAAUGACCCGCCACACAUGCUACGCACUAGCUAAUUAAUCAUUAAACAACUAGAUGUCUAGGAAAAGUAAACCAAUUUUGAUAAACAGUUUUUAAGCGUUUCCAAAUUGUUUGAAAAGCUGUUGCCAAGCCAAUUUUAUUAAGUGUAAAAUAUGUCUGAACGGAGAGACCCCUCAAUGAUUUAAAUCUACGUGUAUAUGGAUAAUAUGUCUAGGAGCUAAGCCAAUUAACUACGAUACUUCCAAUAAAAUUACAAAAUAAACGAG